UUGGAAAUGAAGUUUACUUUCUUGUUUUAUUCAUCAUUCAUUACUUUUUAGAUAAAAACUCACCACAGAUCUAUGAAAUAUUUUACAAAAUCCAUCCAGGCAUCCACCAAUUAAGUUCAAUUAUAGCCAUAUGAAUUCAGGAAUGCACCAAGUUCCUUGUGUACCAAACAAGAAUAACAAAAAAGGGCAAGAAUGUUACUAUACUAAUCACAUUUCCAAGCCCCCUUUUGAUGCCCAGAAGUACAAUCCAGGCAUAAACCCACAACCAUUAAUUGGAAGGCUACGAUCCAUCCAAGGCAGAACUGUACAUAAUCCUCCUGACUUUCAUGCACAAUUAGUGCUGUGAGCUUGUUCUAGCUUUUAAUUUCUUGCAUAUAUAAUUGGAAAGAAAGUUACAGAAGAAAAUGGAGCUUGCCAGAAUGCAAGGUGAAAUUGAUAGUCCGGGAUGUGGAGACAAUAAUAAUGCAAAUCCAGUUGGUUUAUUCGCUACCCCUCGUUUCUUGUUGAAGAUAUUUGACAUGGUGGAAGAUCCAAACACGGAUUCACUCGUAUCCUGGAGUUCAAACGGGGCGAGUUUUGUCAUCUGGGAUCAUAACCGCUUCGCUGCAGAGCUUCUUCCCGAGUACUUCAAGCACAGCAAUCUGGCAAGCUUCAUCUAUCAGCUCAACAACUAUGGGUUUCGAAAAGUUAACUCCGAGAGGCAUGAAUACGAGAAUCAAUGGUUUAGACCGGGGAAAAAGGACUGGUUGAGAAGCAUCAGAAGUCGAGUUCAGAAAUCGAAAAUGUUGCAGAAGAAGAAUGGAUCAUCAUUUACAGCACCUGUGGUUACUGAAGAUUUGGAUGUGAUGAUGAAGAAAUUGAAGGCUGAACAGAUAGCUUUGAGGGCAGAGAUUCAGAAGCUGAAAGAACAGCAAGAAAACAUGGAAAAAGAGCUUGCCAGACCUCAAGAAAUGGAGAACAGUGACUAUGGAGAUGAUGAUGAGGAAAAAAGGGUCAUCUCAAGUUUCUCCCUGGAAUUCCUCCAGCUGGUGAAGCGAAAAGCGGGCACCGAUAAUGAAGGAGGGCGUAAGAAGAAGAAAGGCGAUGAUGAUGAAGAAGCAGUGGUAAUCAAACCAGAUUUGCAGUGUUUAGAUGAGGCGAAAAAGGAGGAGGAGAAUGCAAGAAGGAAUGCAGAGAAUUCUGCAUUUUGGAAGAAGAUAUUUGAGGAUGAUUCUGAUGCAGAGAAUGGAGUGGAGGAGGUGCAGCCCUUGAAAGACCGUAAGAUCAUGGUGGAACUUGAUGAUAUGAUGGCAUCCAAGAUUGCCAUGGAAGAAGGGCUAAGUUUGAUUUCCAAGGUUGCUAGUUUAGGAGAGGAGGAUCAUGAUGAGGCUCAUUUUCAGCUUUGGACAUAG